AUGAUUGAAGUUGGGGUACAUAAGCGUGGCGGCGGUGGUUCUUGUGCCUCUACUAGUCCACUUGCUUGUGAAGUGGGCGGUCUUAUCAUCACAUCUCAGGUCCUGAAGCAUUCCGAAGCCACACCGUUCUCCGUUCAUCAUACCCAUACAUUCCCGCAGUCCUCAGCGAUUGUCAAUUUUGCUUGGUAUCCUGGGGCAUCAUCCAGCAACGCUCCAGCAUUCUGUUUUGUUGCUUCUGUGCGUGACUGUCCGGUGAAACUUCUUGAUGCCUCGGAUGCAAGGCUGAGAGCCUCUCACCCAAUUGUUGAUCAUGGUGAGAGGUUCAUCGCUCCUCAUAAUCUCGUGUUCAACUUGACAGCAGAUAAGCUAUACUGUGGUUUUGAAGAUGCCAUCGAGAUCUUUGACAUUCAACAUCCUGGGGAAGGCGAUCGGCUUCCGACCAUACCUUCUGAGAAAAGCAUCAUAUCCACAAUGUAUAAAAUUGUGUUGUAUUCCGAGCCAAAUAAAGUAGCCAUCAUGCCUAUAGGAGGCACAAAUGCUCAGUCCGGACUGAAUUUUCAUCCGACAAAACCGCAUAUCCUGUAUGCUGCAUUUCGGCGACAUGAUGAAAUAUGUGCCUGGGACCUUCGCAGUGAUACAUCCAUACCUGUACAAGUCCUCAGGACGUCCCCUGAUUCUUGGACCAAUCAGAAAAUCGAAUUCGACAUAGACUGCACUGGGAGAUGGUUGAGCGUUGGUGAUCAGAACGGACAUAUUUCGAUGUUUGACCUUGGAGAUUCUGAUGAAUUGGAUUCUGAACAAUUGUCAGAGAUGUCACCCCAGAAUAUGACCCCAAAGUUGACUUUCAGCACACACAGAGGCCAAUGUGGUGGGCUGCAUGGCUUUUCAGCCCCUGCAUUCUAACCUUCUAUCGGCAUCUGGCUCACGCCAUUUUGAUGGAGGCAUGAAGGAGAUUGAUUCUGAUAGUUCUGACAAGGAGCAUUCAACAGACCAAGAGUCAGAUUCUGAGAGCCAGAACAUGAUCACUAAGUCGAGGUGCCGACGGCUUCCAUAUGUCAAGGACUCGUCUCUGAAGCUGUGGUCUUUCAACCCAACGCAGGUUGUACAUCACACACAUGAUUGAUACUUGCUUU